AUGCUCUCCACCACCACCCUCUUCAUUCUCCUCGCCGUCUCAGCCCGCGCUGUGCCCCAGGGCUGGCAUCCCUCUCACUCCCACUCUCACACCCCUACCCCAUCCACUUCCAUCUCUUCGACCACCACCACCGCAUCCACCGCAUCCUCCUACACUCCUCCUGCUCCUUCCCAGACUUACCCCGUCCUUAACCUGGCAGAGCCACCUGAAAACUGCACCUGCGGCUAUGCCGUCCAAUCCCUCGGCGGCGCCUAUUACCCGUUCCGAUACACCUUCACCCCUUCUUCUCUUGAUGACGGUACUAUGACCUCUCCCGAUGACCUGCUCCAAUACGGUCUGAAGAUCAACGAUGGAAAGCAUGCAGGGGGAGAGGGAGAAGAUGGAGCUCAGUGUUGGGGCAGGUAUCAGAAUGUCAGGAUCGAAGGCGAUGAUCUUGUUUUGACCGUCCCCGGGGGUCAGACUUUGGGUCCUGAUAUGGACUGUGCCGAGGUGACACACAACGUCUAUCAACCUUUGGGGCUUAGUGAUGUUGCGGGCACUUGCGAGGCUUUCUGGCUCAAUCAUACCAUCGCCGAUACCUUUGCCGAUGAAGUCGACAUUGAGAUCUUGACAGGUAAACUGGAGUCUGACGGUAUCUACCACACCAACUGGCCACCUUUCGGCAACCCCAACGACCCCUCCUCUCUCAUAUCCAACUACACCCAAAUCGUCCCGUUCCCCGGGCUCGACACUCGAUCACCAACGAGCACUUACAACAACUACACAAUUGUCUGGCAAGCCGACAGGCUGGGACAGAAUGGCACAUUGAGGUAUUACAACGGGGAAGCGCAGCAGAACCCGAGGACAAUCGUGAGCCCCCUUAUUUUUGUUCCCGCCCACGCGAUGGAAUACAACAUCAACGCCUGGUCUAACGGUGCCCCCGGCUGGUCUGCAGGCCCGCCCACGGCCGAUAGCGAGCUUCGCGUCAAGUCGAUCUUGUUGUAUUACAAGACGGAGACGGUCAAGUCGAUUGGCGAUAUCUCGGCGGAGUGUAGUUCCUCGGAUGUUUGUAAGAUCUAG